AUGCGUAAAUUGUAUUUUUUAAUUAAUACUAUAUACUGUCGUAAGGAAGCCUUAAGCAUAAAUAUUAAAUGCUUAAGGCAUCGAAAGAGCGGUUCCCUUGCCUGGAAGCGUAUAACGCUUCCAGGCGUUAGGAAGGAAGCUUAUUAUAAGCCCGGCGACUUUUAA